AAACCAGCGACCCUUUGGUGUGCAGACCGGCACUCAAUCCACUGAGCCUCACCAGGCAGGGGAAGAAGCUUUUCUUUAUCAGUUUCUUAGCAAACAAUGCAAAAGGAAUCUAAUGAAUUAAGGAUCUGGGCUGCUCACAUCACAAAAGUAGAGCCUAAGGUACCUCUUGAGGAAGAACACGCCACCACCUCUGAAAUUUCGUGUUCAACAAAUUCAACUCCAAUCAAAAAAAUUUACAGGAGAUACAAAGGACAUAAGAACAUACAAAAUGAUACCAUCAGCAAAAUCCUGACUAUGGGAAACUGUGGAACCAAUGAUCUGUUUCUUCCCUAUAUUACACAGGAAAAAAGGAAGGAAAGUGAUUUGAAGAGACUAAGUUACAGGGCACAAAUGAUGUCCCCUGUACUACCUCCCCGCAAAACCGACAGAGAAAACCCCAGAACGAAGCCACAUGGAUGGACAUUUGGGUGAUCAAAUUCAGUGCUCACGUGACUAUCACGGAUCGGAAAGUAGCACUAGAAUUUCUUAAAUCAAACGUUCAAGCCAACUUACCUCUCCAUGUCCAACCCAGAGCUGUUGUUAAGGAGCUGACUUGGGGACAGAAUUUGGGGAGUUUUUCACCUGGAGAAUUUGACCUGGUACUUGGAGCUGAUAUCAUAUAUUUAGAAGAAACAUUCACAGACCUUCUUCAGACUCUGGAACAUGUGUGUAGCAGCCACUCCGUGGUCCUUUUAGCUUGCCGAAUUCGUUAUGAACGGGAUAACAACUUCUUAGUGAUGCUGGAGAGGCAAUUUACAGUGAGCAAAGUUCACUAUGAUCCUGAAAAAGAUGUCCACGUUUACAAAGCACAGAAGAGAAACCAGAGGGAGGGCUUAUAGUUGGCUAUAAUUUAUAGGAAUCUUGUCAUUAAACGUGUCCGUUAAGGUCUUCGCCUGGGAAUCUAACCAUAUUGAAUGAAUUGGUGUACUGAACGAAAAGUCUACCCAAAACUUCUCAAGGGACAAAGCAAAUGCACAGUUUUAAAAACAAAGCAGCAACAGACUUUGCCCCAUGGCUGUGGCUUUUCAGUCACGUGUUACUCACUCAGAAACGCAGGCAACAGGCAAGGGAAGCGUGCAGCUCUGGUCCGCACUGUGUCUGCAGCCCCACGCUGCCCCCUCUCCGCGCGCAGCUGUCUUGGACGAAAGGGUGAAGGGCUGGUGGUAAGGUGUCUUCAGAGCAGUGGGAGGGGCUGAAUUACCCAAAUCAUUUUAAAUAUGUUCCGAGAUACAUGUUCAGCUGGUUUCCCUCAAUUUCUGAAUAUAAAACAGGAGGUUUCACAUACAUUCCCUGUGCUGUUAAUGCUCUUGAAAUCUUUUGUCUGCCCAUUCAGGUCUUAAGUACUUCCGGUUGUUUGAGAUUGGGAUGUGAGUUUUCUAAGGUCUCAUGUCGUGCAUUUUGGCCUAAUUUCAGUUUUAGGUAUGUAAACAAAGGAAUACGUAAAAAUAAAGUUUUAGUUACUCCACGAUCCUUUUGAAAGUGUAUAAAAUCUUGGAUCUCCAUGUGCUGUGAAUAGGUUACUAUCUUCCAAACGCCGUAGUUUUGCCCUUCACUUUCCCUUUUCUCAGAUGUUUUUGUGUUUCUUUCUUAGGCCUUCCCUGCCUCCUUGUAGUACACAGGAUGACAAUGAAAUAAGUGUCACCCCUUCAUGAGAGGAUAGCUCCCCAAGUACAAGUUCCUUCCGUAUUGUACUUGUAGGUGCUUAUUCAGUGUUUGGAUUCCCCAGAAGACAAAGCUUCAUGAGGACCAGGAGUGCCCCUGCCUCUUUCCCUGUUGCCUCCCCAGUAUCUAGUAUAUCAAACCAAAUAUUUGCUGAGUGAUAAAGACACAUUCCAUUUAGAGGAUAUUGAUCUUUGGGUUAAGUGAUUGCUACAUUGUUUCAUGAUUACCUCUGAUAGUUUAUGAAGUCACACACAUCAACACAGCCCCCCCCCCACCUUUUACAAUGUACAAACUUAAACAACAGCUUAAACAAAUUUAGACCACACGAAUAUUGUAACUUGAGUAUGGUAUUUGAUAUUAGAGAUAGAUUUCCUUUGCAAAACAUCAGAAAUAAGACCUCUUUCCUCUUAACCUUUGAAUGAAUAUCUUGGAUAUGAAAAUAUUUUCCGCAAUUAUUUUAAUAAAGGUGAAUUAAAAGUCCUAAGCAUUCUGUGAGGCACCAGUUUAAUGCAGUUCUGAUAAAUGCACAAAUACAAACACCCAGAGCUUACCCAAGCCACACAAUGCCUGUACUGUGCAUGAACAUGGAAGGUCUUUUAAAACAAUACACACCCUGCAACAUCAUCAACACUAAUGAGAGCCCAAUCACAUUUGGGUACCAGAAAUGAUUAUAUUAAUCAGAGUUCAGCUCCUUUAGUUUGAAGCCUCUAGCUUUGGAGAUAGGUACUACCAUGACUUGGGGUGGGGUGGGAUGGGGCUGGAGAGUUUCGAGGUGCCUGGAUGUGCUACCGAGUGAGCAAUGAUUGGGUUGUCUUAUAUUUCCAUAAAACAUUAACUAAGAAUACUGUUGCUAGAACAAAUUGAAGGUUGUUUUCCGUCCCCCACCUUAUCCCACUAGAAGAAAAUAAAGGCAAGAAAAAUUUAGCAGGAAUGGUUUGGUUGUCUAAGUGAAAAUCAAGUGAUCUUUUGGCUUUGAGUUUGCAAGGUUGUCACAGGUCAGCUGCGCUGGGGAAAAGACUCAGAGAUGGAGGUAGGGUGCAGACAUUUUAAAUGGGACUGCUUUUGAGAUCCACGUCUCUGAAGGAGUAAAAGUAGUAGAACUUGGGAAGUGGGAAAAACUGUUCUGAGACGCAGGCAGGAAAUCCCCAGUGAAUUCAGAAUGCAGCUGGGCCAUAUUAAGGCAAGGGGCGGGACUUUAUAACCUUGUGUAGCUUAGUCAUUGGAUCCAAGGGGCAUAACUUUGAGCUGAAGAUGAUACCAGGAGAGGGACUCAGCAGUCAGCCACCACUCCUGGAAGCUGGGGAAAUGAGGGCUUCAGAAGGCGUAUGUGUGGGAAGGCCGGGGUUGGAGGAAUAUACCUCUAGAGUAUGCCACUGUCCACCAUAAGUAUCAAUCAGCAAAGUUGUGACCUUUUUCACUUACAUUAAAGGGAUUAAUGUAGCCCACAAAUGUGCAUUUUAAGUGUGUUUGUUGUAUCCUCAAAUUCAGGACAGAAACCUAGUCCACACUGAUUGUUCUAAGCCUUGAUUCUCACAUUGCUAUUUCUUUGAACUGUUAGAGGGUGAAGUCAUCCAGUAGGCCUCGGUGACCUUCUUUCCAGCUGAAAUUAAAUAUGGUUGCCAAGGUGCUAUGCGCCAGCGUGUGUACGACAUCGGGUUCUGAGAACCACCACUCUGACGCAUGCCGCUGUUGUGUUCCAAGGUGAUUACCUCCUAAGGGCCUCUUCCUCUAGUUCACGAAAGAACUACCCGGAGCCCUGGCAGCAUCUUCAUAUAGCUUCUAGCAGAGCAUUUGUUCUGUUGU